GUGUGCGCGACGAUUCUCUCGCGAGCAAAAUCACCACCGGACGGAAUGCCGAUAACGGUAUCAUCAUGUUAUCCUUUUUGUUCUCCCGCGAAUUAUCCGCGCGAAAUUUGCAACCUCUUUCACUUCUUCUUGCUCGGUCCAGCAUCGACGGCAUCGACUUCCACCGAAAUAAUGCACCAUUUUCUAUUCUUCCGCCGCUGUCCGUGGUCGAUUCGAGUUUCGAGCGCGCGCGUCGUAAUUUUGAUUGAUAAUCGCGAAUCGAGAGCGGGGUUUUUGUGCUGCAAUUUCAAAGGACUGAAUCCUAUUAUCCAGUGCCAAUAACAAAGUGAAUAGGGAAUUUAUUGUUUCGAUUGCCUUUGUGAAUCCUUGUUGAAUGAAUUCCGAACUAGAGACAUGCGCUACGGUUGGUGGGAACGAUUCUGCCGGGGUGCUUUUUUCCGUGAGGGAUGAAUCUAGUGGAGUGAUCGAGUUUGAAGGUUCAGUGGAAGAGCUGCAGGAAUCGGUGACCUCUGUGCUAGUAGAUGACAAUUGGCCGGGCCACAUCCUGGUCGAGGGAGUUGAUGAGUUUGGGAGUGCAGUGGCUUUCCUCACCGACAAUUUGAACGGCCACAACGACGCGGUGUUGGAUCCAUCCUCCUCGCCGGUAAUAACCGUGAUGGAUAUCGAACGGUUAGACGAAUCCGACGAGGAGGUCAAACAGACCGUGGAUCAGUACUACACGCAGCUGGAGAUGCCGGCCGGGUCUUCCGGCGAAGACGACGACGGCGGUGAUCUGACCACCGAUCCGGAAAAUGCCUUUUUCAGCAAGUAUCUCAAACAGUACAAGAUGGCAACGUUGCGGCAAAGCACCGCCGACGAUAUGCUGACCAUGGAGUCUGAUAUGAAAGGCGGCAUACUGCACGCCACAAUGCCGCCGCAUCAUGCUUCAUCUCUGCAUAGUCACUCGUCGUCUCCGUACGGAGCGUUGGGGUCGCUGAGCAUGAUGAACAUCGGUCAAUCACAGCUGGGUCAUCAGGCGCAACAUUUGAGCCAUCAGCAGCAUCUGUCGCAUAGCAACAAUAGUAAUUCCUAUGGACAAACCCAUUCGAAUCCACAUGGCUCUCCACUGCAACCUGGUUCCGGCCUUAGUCCUAAUGGACCAUCGCAGGCAUCCCAGCAACAGACUCCUCCAACGACAGGACUCGGCAACCAUCACAUCACCUCCUCCGGUCAGAACCAUGGUCACACAGGCGUUGGAGGCACUGUAAAUCACAAUAAUAACAAUACUAGCAAAGCAGCGCAAUUGAAUGCCGACCGUGUAAAACGACCCAUGAACGCCUUUAUGGUGUGGUCACGUGGUCAACGCCGGAAGAUGGCUUCAGACAAUCCAAAGAUGCAUAAUUCGGAAAUUUCGAAACGACUGGGAGCGCAGUGGAAGGAUCUCUCGGAAACGGAGAAGCGUCCGUUCAUCGACGAAGCGAAACGAUUGCGAGCGGUUCACAUGAAGGAACACCCCGACUACAAGUACCGUCCACGUCGGAAGACGAAGACUCUGACGAAAACCAAGGAGAAGUAUCCUCUUGGGGUAGGUUCACUGCUGCAAUCUAGCGAAGGCAAUACAAUCCGGAAUACCAAUACAAUUUCGGCGGCACAACAAGCGGCCGCGGCGGCUGCUGCCAAUCGUGAUAUGUACCAGAUGCCUCCCAACGGCUACAUGCCAAAUGGAUACAUGAUGCACGAUGCGUCGGCGGCAGCGUAUCAAUCACAGUCACACUACAUGAGCAAUUAUCACCGUUACGAUAUGGGUCAGAUGCACAACGCCGCCUCAACGGGUUCACUGAACUCCUACAUGAAUGCGACCAGCUACGGUAUGUACGGAACCGUAUCGGGUGGACAAACGUCUCCAUAUGGUCUGCAGCAACCGGGAUCACCAUACAGUUCAAUCCAACAGCAGCCAGGAUCUCCCUACGGCUUGAACCAACCUGGCAGCCAAAUCUCCUGCCAAAGUCAUAGUCCCAGUGAUUCCAGUGUGAAGUCAGAGCCCGUGUCACCUAGUCCUACGUCAACCAACAACAAUCUGAUAAUGAAACGUGAGUAUGGACAACCUACCGGGCCGGAUCUAAGCCAUCUCAUCAAUAUGUACCACGUGCCAGACAUGCAAAGCGCAGAACAUCAACGGAAUCUAAUGCAGCACUAUCAGCAUAGUGCGUCGCCCGAUCUUCAAUCUCAACAGCAGCAAGUCCUGCGGACGAUGGCUCCCAUCUCGCACAUGUGAGAUUUGGCCAGUUCCGUUGGUCUGCAGUCCAUAACCUCAUCUUCACCGGGAGCGCUGGCACCGCCUUUAUCGCCGGUGCUCAACUCCGGAACUGGUCCGCCACUGUUCCACGGCCAUCCGGCGGGGCCUCCAACGCAAUCAUCCUCAUCUUCGUCCUCGUCGCCGCUAUCGUCCUACCGGCAUCAUCAUCACCAUCACCACCAUCAUCAUCUGAGCAAUGGCGGGGGCACCGGUCUUACCAUCGGUGCCGGUGGUUCCAGCAGCAGUUGUAGCAGUCUCAGCCUUGGCCAUAACCUCAACGCACCGUCCUCGGUGUCUCCCACGGGCACCGAAGCCGGCAGUAGUCUAGGACAUCAGCUUCAUCAUCACAUCAGCAAUUGUGUUAGUACCGAUAGAACUAAUCAUUUAAUGGACAUAUCGCCACUCUAAUCCUCACUUUGCCACCCCCUACUUCGCGGACGUAUCGCGAUAACGUGAACUUCUGGGAGUUCCCGUUGCAGCGACCCGAACCCGUCCGGUUAUUGAGUUCUCGCUUCCCAAAACGUGUUUGUACGUUGUUAAGUUUGACCCGUUCCCUUUCCGAUCGAAUCCCGGAAUUCAAGAUUGUGAAGAAUCAAAUUGCAAGAGGAAGAAAACACAGUGUGAUAUUAAUUUCAUUUUUUUUUUCUUUGUAACAUUUGAUAUGAAUUUGUACAUUUUUAUUUGGAUUCUCUCUAUUUUGUAGCUUUUAAACAGUUGAAUUAUCUUAUUUA